AUGUGUGAUUUAGCGAAAGAUUUGCUAACCCAGUAUUACGGACUAGGUGCAGAAUCCAGUGGUAAGAGAUUUCUGUCGAUCCAUCAAAGUGUCGGACACGCGAAGAAUGAAGAAGAGAAACAGGUUACCGAGCAACCUUUCUUACCAACCAGUGAAGAAAAUGUGUCCGACGAAGAUUCUCAGAAAGACAUCGACGAUAGUCGAAAACUUAGCGUGGCAAGCGAAUCGUACAGGCGAUCAUCAGGGGUUUUAGAUAAUAUAGAGGAUGCGUACGAUAUAGAUGAAACUUUCGACGUGUUUAAUAUUGAUCUCGGACCGAAUAUUCUGUGUGGUCCUUUUAAAAAUGUGACAUCUUCUACACCACGUGACCAACCGUCAAAUGAUGUUUUAAUAGAUUGCAUUAGAACUGUCGAAAAUCCAGAAAUAGAAAUAAACGACGUAAGGGAUACGAACGAAAAUGAUCUAAGUCUAACACACAUCGAGGAUAUUUUCCCGGAUAAUGUUUCGGAUGUUUCUUCUACGACGUUAAAAAAAUCUCCAGAAUCUUCGAAAAGUAGUGUACAUUUAUCGCCAGUGAUACCAAAAAAAGAACCAGUGUGCAACGACACGUUUGUUGAUUUUUCCAAUACCAACUUAAAACGAUUUCCUAAUGAUAUAUUGAACUACUUUCCAAGAUUAAGGAUGUUAUACUUAUCGAACAACAAUUUGAACGAACUUCCCGACGAAAUUUUCAGUUCUUUAAAAUACCUAGAAUGGCUGGAUGUUAGAAAUAAUAAACUUUCUUCGCUACCAGUCAGUAUCAAAUGGCAUCGAUGCUUAGAAACGAUUUUACUUCAAGGGAACAAUGUGGAAUACUUACCAUUGGAAUUGUGCACUUUGCCAAAUCUGAAAACCCUUCAGGUGACACAGAAUCCACUUGUCACACCUCCAAAUGAUAUCGUGGCUUCCGGUUGCUCGGCAAUUUUGGAAUUCCUGCGAUUCGAGUGGAAUAAUGUUCACCCUGAAGAACGAGUACAACUCAAGGAAAAUAAAAUCGAACCGAAAUUGUCGACGAUUCUUUGUUACCAAUCCCCGCGAAAGAAUAAGAAGAAAAUUACACAACUGAAAGACGCUAUUUGUAGUAAAAAUGCAUCGAUAAGGGAGAGACACAAAUCUUAUAAACCCAGUAACAGGUGUGAAAAUAAAGGUGCAAAUAUUUCAAUGGAACAUCGUAUGUUUUGGUUUUCCAAGCUAAAAGACUUGUUUUCCAAACAGGCUAUAAUACUUCAAAAAAUAAAAGAUGAAAACGUUUUAAAAGAUUGGAGACGGGAUAAAAGAAGUUACAGUAAAGCUAUGGAAAAAGCGAUAAAAAGAAACGAAGAUGAUAUUCCGUUUGGAUUCGAUUUCGAAGAUUAUGCUUCCGUAUUUAAACACAAUUCCAAACUGAAAAAUUUGGGAUCAAGGAAAAAAGGCAAAGAAAAAUUCAUACCACCAGCAGACAUUAACAGAAAAAUUAAUGAACUAUUAGAAUCUUUAAACAAACUUGAAAUAAAUACUACAAACGAAGCAACUCCAAGAACGAAACAAAAUUUGUUCAAAGAUGAAAUAGAAAAGGUAUUACAAUUCCAAAGUGAAAUUCAAUAUUUGCGAAAAUACAACGACGUCGCAAUGAUACCAUUGAAAAAUUAAAAGAUUGCUAUGAUUUCGGUAAAAUCAUCGAUCACGUUCCAACAAGAUCGAUGUUGAUUUCGACUACACCAAGAAUAUCAGUCUUGACAUGUUUAUUUAAAUAAAUCAGUAGUAAUCACAUAUCGUUUCAGUAGUGUUAAUUACACAUACGUUGCUUACAAAUACACGACGAGACAACUGGAAAUAUUAUUGUACGCACAUUUUUUGCAUCGUCUAAAGAACAUCAAAAAGAGAGGGACGUAUUAAAAGAAUGUAUACACAUAUAUAUUAAGAUUACGGUAUAGAAAAAUCGUAAUCUUGAGAAAUGAUUCCUAUUUAACAGAGUAUCGACUAUA